GUUAUUGUUGCUCGCUUCACACAGUCCUGUACGACGAGGACCGUGUAUAAAAAACUGCUUGCACUGUUUACAAUACGACUUCGAAAACAAUGCAAAGCGAAGUAUUUCUAACACAAAUACUGUGUCGAUUUAAAGAGCUUCUAUCCGCUAGGUACCGGAUAUGACUGUAUAUUAUUCUCCAUGAAAUAUUCCGGGAAUAGAAGGGUCUUCACGUUGUGUAACACCAGACAAUUGACCUUGCUUUUUUAAAUGAAAUACUUGGAGCUUGUUGCACAAGCAUUGAAACGGUGAAGUUGGGAGCAAUUUAUUGGUUCGGAAGAUUGUCUGUGACAGGAUAUGGGACUGCACAAGAUUUAACCUCGAAUUCAGUAUGGCUACAGAAGCAACAGUUUCCUGCACUGCUACCCCUGGACUGCCAGCACCAGCUCGUAAAGAAUAUUACUGGCUUCGUUCUUUUGUAGCAGGAGGUGUUGCAGGAUGUUGUGCUAAGACAACCAUUGCACCUUUGGACAGGGUGAAGAUUUUAUUACAGGCUCAUAAUCCCCACUAUAAAGAUCUAGGAGUUUUCGCCACUCUCCGCUCUGUUCCACAGAAGGAAGGAUACCUUGGUCUGUACAAAGGAAAUGGAGCCAUGAUGGUUCGGAUCUUCCCUUACGGAGCCAUUCAGUUUAUGGCAUUUGACCAAUACAAAAAGUUACUGAGCAAAAAGUUAGGCAUAUCUGGACAUGUUCACCGGUUAAUGGCUGGAUCUAUGGCAGGAAUCACAGCAGUCAUUUGCACAUACCCACUGGAUGUCAUUAGAGUGCGGCUUGCGUUUCAAGUAAAAGGUCACCACAGAUACACUGGGAUUAUCCACGCUUUCCAGACCAUUUACAAAAGCGAAGGAGGUGUCUCAGGAUUUUAUAGAGGACUAAUGCCUACUGUCAUAGGAAUGGCCCCUUAUGCAGGGUUUUCAUUUUUCACCUUCGGGACAUUAAAAAGCCUUGGACUUGCCCAUGCACCCAUGCUCCUUGGAAGACCUUCUUCAGAUAACCCUAAAGUCUUAGUGUUGAAAACUCAUGUCAACCUGCUUUGUGGUGGAAUAGCAGGAGCAAUAGCACAGACGAUAUCUUAUCCACUGGAUGUAGCGCGACGUCGGAUGCAGUUGGGAUCAGUCCUGCCAGAUUCUGAGAAAUGUCUUACAUUGUCCAGCACCCUGAAGCAUGUGUACACCACGUAUGGGGUGAAGAAAGGGCUGUACCGUGGGCUUUCCCUGAACUACAUCCGCUGUAUUCCCUCCCAGGCUGUUGCUUUUACCACAUAUGAGUUUAUGAAGCAGACCUUACACCUCAACUGAGGACACAUUCUGUGAUAUGCCCAGCACAAAAUGCAUGUUCUUUAAUAAGUUAGUAAAAUAUCUGUGCCAACAAAGUCAACAGUUUCACAACUAUGUAGAAAGUUGUACAACACUUGCUAAUGAUCAGUGAUAAGGCUACUACCAGCUGUUAAAAAGAAAAACAAUUUACAGACAUAAAUCAUGGUUUAAAAAACCUGUUGAAUGUUCUCUUGCAGAUACCUUUUUGAAAUCAAUCUAUUUUUCUAUUAUUUGUGGUCUUAAUGUUGUUGAUUUAUUUUGCACAAGGAAGCAAAUAGAUGUUUGAGUAUUCUUUGAAAUAUUAUUUAAAAUUCUAAUGCAAAAAAUGAAUGUUCCUCUUUUAAUUAACUGGGGGAAAAAAAUAGCAGUGUUUUUGAGUAGAGGCAAUAAAACUGAACCCUGUACCCCACUAAAUUACAAACUCACUUUCUAUAAUUGAAAGCAUUUUAUGACAUCAACACUUACCAGUGUAACACCAAUAGCAAGGAAGCUUACUUCACAAAAAGCAUUUUUUUUAAUGUUAUCUUUAUUACUAAUGUUUUGCUGAUUUUGAAUAUAUUUCAAACAAUUCUUUGAAUAAUUAUUUCAGCACUUACCUGUGCUUAAAAAAAAAAAAAAAAAAAACAUUAAUUGCUACACCUAAAGUUAUGGUGUACCAUAUAGUUUUUACUUUAUUAUUUAAGAAAGCUGUUGCACCUUCUUCUGCAGUAAAGUAGCAGAAGCAUUCCUAUUUGACAUAGUGGUAAGUAGCUUUCAAGGCACAGGAAGCUUGUGCCCUCACAGCUGAAACUAGCUGUAAGGACCUAAACAAACUAGAAUGGCAACAAGAUCUGAAAAGUGUAAAAUGUAACUACUGACUGAAUAGCAGUGCAAGGGUUCUCUUUGUUUGUUUGUGACAUGACUUGUUUACAGAUUAAAAAAAAAAAAAAAAAGAAGAAUCACCAUAAAUAGGCAUCUCUGUAAAUUCUCUCCUUCAGCAGCUCAGAUCUGAUCUCAUGUUUUGAAAACUUUGGCAAAAUGUAUCCAGCACCGUAUUGUAGGUAUGUGACUUUUGGUUAGAGACCAAAAGCCUUCAAUGGUUCUUAAGGUUAGGUUUGAUUUUGUGUCGUGCAGUUAAGUAGUAUUUUUACAAAGCUGCUUCUGCACAGUCUAUGGCUGUCAUGCUGUCAUUUUUUAAGGAUCUGUAUGAUAGAGAAUACACAUUUCAGAAAUACUGAAUUCAAGCAGAGGUGGGAAUUAUCUUUCUUUUACUUUACAUAGUGAAGUCCCACUGAUGUUUUCCAGCAGGAGUGAUUAAUUGACUCCCUUGUCACUAAAUACAAUAAAAUACAGUGGAAUGAAGUGCGCAAAAGCACGUUUCUAUAUUUAAGGCUGGUGGUAUUAAGAGCAACAGCUUUCGGAUCAUUGAACUAGAUCUGAUUGUCUUUUGUAUUUGAUACACAGCUGUAUUCUGUGAUUCUCACUCUAGUUUAUUUUAAUGUACUGGUGCAUUGUUUUAACCUCUUUCCACAGGGGAUGAGCUGCUUUUCACAAACACACCAAUGUGUCAUUUUAGUUUUGUAUCGGAAGACAUCCAUGUUAAAAGAAUAGUAGUGAAUAAGGAAGUAGGGAAAAUCUAAUUUACUUAUUGUAUAGUUAUGUAUAUUUGUGUAUUUAUAAUCUUUAUUUGUGCUAUCUUUUAAAGCUUAAUAUAUACAUAUGUGCAUACUAGCUGAACCUAGUGUAAAUAUAAUAGUGUAAACUCCUUUUACAUGUCUAAAAUGAAUUUGCAAAAAUUAUAUUAAAACAAAUAAAAGGAUAGAAAAUGUCACUUAAAAUGAUAGCAUGGACACCUCACACUUUUCAUCUAGUAAUUGACCAUUUCCUUUCCCAGUCUCUGUGUUGCUGGCAGCAUGGGGACAGUGUUUCAGUCUUCAAAUAAUAGAUUCCCAUUUGGUUUGUAAUAGAAACGUAUCCAGGUGUUUAAAACCUUAUACAGUUGUUCUUGUGGCGUUUGUGAUUCUUCUGAUCGGGUUCUGAAGAAUCACAGAUCAGAGAACAGGCCAUUCUUUUCUUUUUUAAAAACUUGUUUUCUUACUACACGUAUUACAUGCUUACCUUAUGUUCAGAAUAAUGGGGUCUAUAUUCUUUCACAAGAAACACUGAAAAAGUCAUUUCUGCUGCACAAAAUCUUUGGGUUUUUUACUGUUGUUUCUGAAUAGUUGCAUUUAAUAUCAAAUGUUUUCCAUUUAACAUUUAUCAUGCUUCAUUUUCAAUUCUGAAAGCAUUCAGUAGGAGUUGAGCAGUUUUAUUUUUUGAAAGAAUGUAUUACUAAUAAAACUGUAAUGCACUGUGGUACAGGAAGUUUGGCUUAGAUAAUGCAAUCAUAUAUAUUUAAUCUGAAUCUACUGUACUUUGUACUUUUUAUCUAUGAUAAUUUGUAGCAGUGAUGAUGAAUUGUAAGUCUAAAUAGUACUGUGAAUGAUUUGGUGUGGUACUGAGGAAAAUAACUGUUAGACAUGAUAACAUUAUAUUUGUUUAAAAUUUGCAAUUACAAAGCUAUGCCUGGUAGUACUAUUAUAUUCUAUACAUUCAAUAAAUUUUCCAUGUGUGGUUUCUUGGGGUUGUACGAUUUGUCUUUUACUGUAAUACAGUUUAAAUGGACUUCAUUUAUUUCCCCCUGGUUUGCUUUGUGGCCUUUAAAUGGGAGCAGUGUCUUUGAAAAAACAGACAUUGUUAUUUUAAAAACAAAAUGUAUGUGGUUUGAAUAAAUGUGUGGGCUUUCCAAA